GUCGUAGAAAAGAAGAAAAAAAAAAGCUAAAAAAACUCAGAAAGUAGAAGGUCUGGGCAUAACACCACAUUACAUUGGCUUGGGAGCUAUGGCGGCAAGGAUGUUGCAGAGGCGAUUCAUUUCAAUCUUCUCAAGACAAACCCAUCACCCCAUUACUCAAGAAUCUUGGUAUUCUCCUACCAGUGCAAUAUUAAACAGUUAUGGAUUCCAUCAACGGGGGGUCAUGACCCAUACAAAUCCAAUCAAACCUGUCUGUGAAGAUGUAGAGAAUAAUGAAGCAGACACCUUAAAAUCAAGUCCAAACCCAGAUGAAGUUGCUACAUCUAUUAGUGUUAAUGAAACCUCUUCUGUAAAGUUUUCUGCCAAGUCCAGUUUGAAGACAUCCUCAAGGCAUGAUCUUGCUAUGGUUUUCACCUGCAAGGUCUGUGAAACGAGAUCCAUUAAGACGGCUUGUCGCGAAUCGUAUGAGAAAGGUGUAGUGGUGGCAAGAUGUGGGGGGUGUAAUAACCUUCACCUGAUUGCAGAUCACCUUGGGUGGUUUGGUGAACCAGGAAGCGUUGAGGACUUCCUGGCUGCUCGUGGAGAAGAAGUGAAAAGAGGUUCAGUUGACACACUGAAUCUUACAUUGGAAGAUUUAGCUGGAAGGAAACCUUGAAAGAUAGAAUUUGACCAAGUGUAUGUUCUGCAAUAGGGUGUCACUGAGAGUUUGGAAGUGCAAGGGAGGUAACAAUAGUUGGUUUUGUAAACUCGGCUCUUCUGUCUAUAAUUAUGCUAGUAAUAUUAAAAAGCAACAUAUUCAAUGUACUGUUUGCUUUAUCAAUUAUUUUUGGUGCCUGCCAAAGGAAUGUUUUUAGACCAUGAUACACCUUCAUGUGCAAAACUUAGCCAAGAAAGGAAUUUAUGAAAACAUAUUAUUUGAGUAGAA